CGCUGAUUGGUUGAAUGACUGGUCGGUCCAGCUGAUAGCAGAGGCGCAAGUAGUGUUGACAACGUCGUCUUGGAUCUCUUCCCUAUUUAUUUAUUUCCUAAAGGAUAUUUAUUUGGAAAGAAUCAAGCGAAUUUGGAGGAAAGGAAAGACAUGCCUUAAUGUAUUUCAUACCUGUGUCUGAUCCAUGUGCCAGUCAGCUGAAGCAUGCUGGAAGAAUGCAGCCUAUAACCAGAAGAGAUGCCGGAGUCUGGCAUCAGACGAGGAGCCUGCUCUACAAAAACCUGCUGAUCAAAUGGAGGACCAAACAACAGAGUCUCCAGGAGCUGAUCUUGCCUUUGCUGCUCCUGGGCCUCCUCAUCCUCAUUAGCACCCUCAACCCUCAUGUCUCAUACGGCAGUAUCAGCACUAAGGAGCUGGAGUAUGAACGGGACCUGUCAAUCAAAGGUCUUGGCUACACCCCCAUCAACAAUGUCACCAAUCACAUCAUGGAAGAGGUGGCACGGGAACUGUCUAUGAAUGAGCGAUUAGAGAUGUUCUCCACUGAGAAAGAUUUGGAGAAUGCCAGUCUCUAUGAACCUGAUGGCUUUGUAGGAGUGGUCUUCUUGGAUUCAGUGUCGUACCGUCUGCGAUUCCCAUACAACCAGCUCCCUCUGCCUAGUGACUUCACCGAAUCCAUAACAAGCUGUUACACAAACUAUGUCAACUGCCGUGCCGCCAACUACUGGUAUUCUGGAUUCAUACGGCUGCAGUCUCUCAUUGAUGCUGCCAUUAUACAGAUGAAGACCAAACGUCCGGUGUGGAAUGAAUUAAAAGUGCGUGCAGUGAUGAUGGGACAUCCAGGUUCAGUGGAGGUCCAGAAGUUCCCUCACGCCCUGAUCUCCAUAUACCUAGUGCUGGCGUUUACACCCUUUGUCUCCUUCCUCAUCGUCAAUGUGGCAGCUGAAAAAGAGCAGCGUCUGAAAGACACCAUGGGCAUGAUGGGAUUGUAUGACUCUGCCUUUUGGCUUUCAUGGGGCCUUCUCUAUGCUGCACUAGUGACGACCAUGUCCAUUCUCAUGGCUGUUAUAGCAACCUGCACACCCCUGUUCUCCAACAGCAACUUCUUUGUCAUCUUCCUCCUCAUUUUCCUCUAUGGAAUAUCCUCUAUUUUCUUCUCCUUCAUGUUGACCCCUUUGUUUAAGAAGCCCAAGUUUGCAAGUACAGUUGGCUCCAUGCUGACAGUGGUGUUUGGAUGCCUGUCUCUUUUCACUGUGCUGAUGAGAGAUUUCCCCCAGUCAGCCGUGUGGCUCCUCUGCCUUCUGUCUCCCAGCGCUUUCUCUAUCGGCAUCGCCCAGGUGGUGUAUCUGGAAGCUCAAGGGGACGGCGCAGUGUUUUCCUCUCUGGGCAACGGUCCUCACGCCCUCUAUGUUCCUAUGGUCAUGCUGUUUUUGGACUGCAUUCUCUAUCUGCUUUUAGCCAUUUACCUGGACCAAGUGUUACCAGGCGAAUUUGGCACAAGGCGCUCAGUGCUGUACUUCCUACAGCCAUCCUAUUGGUCAAGGCGGAGGAAGCGUUAUGUGGAGGUGAGCUCUGUGUACGAGGGCGAGGUCAACGGAACCCCUGUGAAUGAUGAAUCUGUGGAGGCGGUUUCUCCUGAGUUUAGAGGCAAAGAGGUUAUCAGGAUCUGCAAUAUCCAUAAAAUCUACAGAGAGAAAGACACCAAAGUGGAAGCUUUGAGAGGUUUGACUUUUGACAUCUAUGAGGGUCAGAUCACUGCCCUGCUGGGUCACAGUGGAGCAGGAAAAUCCACCCUCAUGAACAUCCUGUGUGGCAUCUGCCCCCCUACAGAAGGCACAGCAACCAUCUAUGGCUCGCCUGUGGCGGAGAUAGCAGAAGGGGCUGAGAUGAAACAGCUGGUUGGUAUAUGUCCCCAGUUCAACAUCAUCUUUGAUGUGCUCACUGUAGAAGAACACCUGAGGAUCUUUGCUGCCAUCAAAGGGAUCCUGCCUUCUGAUAUUGACAGUGAGGUGAGAAAAGUUUUAAGGGAUCUGGAUUUAGAAAAGAUUAUGGACGCCCAGGCAAAGAACCUGAGUGGAGGCCAAAAGAGGAAGCUCUCUGUGGGCAUAGCAAUUCUUGGAGACCCAAAGAUCCUUCUUCUGGAUGAGCCCACGGCUGGUAUGGACCCAGUGUCUCGGCACCAGGUCUGGUCCUUACUGAAGAGCCGUAGAGCAGGCAGAGUUACUGUACUCAGUACUCAUUACAUGGAUGAGGCAGAUAUACUUGCAGAUCGUAAAGCUGUCAUCUCUCAAGGACAACUGAAAUGUGUUGGUUCCUCUUUGUACCUGAAGACCAAGUGUGGGGUUGGCUACCAUCUUAGAAUGUCUGUAACUGAAGGCUGUGAAGUGGAGAACAUCACAUCACUGGUCAAGCAGCAUGUUCCCAAGGCUCAGUUGUCAAGGAAGCAAGAGGCUGAGCUUACGUUCACAUUGCCUUUCGAGAGCAUGGACACUUUCCCAGGGCUGUUUGCGGAGCUGGACUGUCGACCUGACUUGGGUAUCAUUAACUAUGGUGUCUCCAUGACAACGUUAGAGGAUGUAUUCUUGCGUCUGGAGGCAGAGGCAGAGGUGGAUCAGGCUGGUUUUCCUUCAUUGGUAGACUACAGUGUGUUUAACCAAGAAAAGCUGGAAGACGAGGGAGACGUGUCCUCUAUUGAUGAGACAGACCAGCGGCUGCUGACGUUUUCAGACAACAGGCAGGAUGCAGUGACUGGAGGUGCCCUCUGGAGGCAGCAGUUUAGUACGGUGGCCUGGCUGCACAUGCUCAACCUACAGCGAGAGAGAAAACCUUUCAUUUACAAUUUGACACUGUUCCUGGUUUUCUUGUCUGCAAUGCUGAUUCUGUCUGUGGCCACGGGAAACAUUCAGAUUCAUUCUCCUGAAAGACUGUUUUCACCUAUAUACCUGCUGCAUCGCAACGAGGCUCCUCGCAAAUACACCACCAGCCUGCUUGUGCAAAACUCCACCGAUUCUGACCUGUCAGGGUUCAUCCACAAUCUGGCGUCUCAGGAUAUUAAAGUGGAAAUGAUGAAAAAACCGGACUACAUGUCUGCUGCACCUGUCAGCGCCGCCAUCAAUGUGACAGGAUCCAGUAAAGAUUUUAGCUACAUUUUAGCUUUUAACAGUACCACCGUGCAUUCCUUGCCUAUGGUUGUCAAUGUGCUCAGUAACGCCCUCCUGAGGGGCUUUAAUGGCACUGAACACAUUAAAACAUGGACUAAACCCUUCGACUAUCAAAUCCCUGAUAAGACGUCCUAUGCACUGGUUUACAUUGAGGCUGUGAUUCUUGGGAUGCUGGCUGCUGGGAUGCCAGCCUAUUUUGCAAUGGACCACACAAGAGACAAAGAGUUGACGUGUCGCUCGACCAUGAGGAUCUCUGGUCUUGUUCCUUCGGCGUACUGGUGCGGUCAGGCAGCUAUUGAUGUCCCUUUCUUUUAUCUUAUCUUAAUCUGUAUGACCAGCACCCUGUUUGCCUUCCAUUCUACAAACCUGCUCACCUCCUAUAAUAUCAUGUCUGUGGCUCUGUGUCUGAUUGGCUUCGCUCCAGCCAUGGUUCUCUUCACAUACUGCGUAUCCUUCAUGUUUGUCAAAGUCCAGAGCAAUAGGGACUUCUUCUCAGUGGUCUCCAUGAUGUUGUGUGUGGUUUCUGCAUCCAUAGUCCAGAUGGCUCUUGUGAAUGAGAAUGCUGGUAUGGCUCGUCUCCUACACAAUGCACUGUGUUUCUUCAGUCCACUCUACCCUCUUAUGGGCUGCCUUAACUGCAUUACCAUGGCCACCUUCCUUCAGUCUCCUCAUGAAGAGGAUUUCCCGUGGAAGAACCUCUUCAUCUCUGUUGUGUCUCCAUAUAUCCAGUGUAUUCUGAUGCUCUUCACCCUGAGAUGGCUUGAGAUUAGAUAUGGAGGGAAGACCAUGAAAAAUGACCAGAUCUGCAGGAUUUCCUCCCAAGCAAAGAGCAAAGCUCAGAGAAACCCAGAGGAGAGCAUGAGUGAAGAUGAGGAUGUUCAGAUGGAGAGAGCUCAAGUGAAAGAGGCCUUGACUUGUCAGUGCUGUGAGGAGAAACCAGUGGUAGUGGUGAGUAACCUCAGGAAACAGUACAAAGGCAAGAGGGAGGGCUUUUCAUUCAGCAAGAAAAGGAAAGUGGCCACUAAGAACAUCUCCUUUUGUGUUCGCAAAGGUGAGGUUUUGGGUCUGCUGGGACCAAAUGGAGCAGGAAAGAGCACCAUCAUGCACAUGCUGUCUGGAGAAACUGAACCCACUGCUGGAGAGAUUCUGAUGGGAGAUUAUGGCACAGACUUCCAACCAGUGGAAAACCCCUUGGAGCAUGUAGGGUACUGUCCUCAGUUGAACCCUCUGUGGCCUAGAAUCACUCUACAGGAGCACCUAGAGAUCUAUGCUGCUAUCAAGGGGCUACAUCAGCGUGAUAUCCCAAACAUCAUUAAGCGUGUUGUGAGUGCUCUAGAGCUGAAGGAUCAUCUUUACAAACAGGCAAAAAACUUGUCUGCAGGGCUAAAGAGAAAGCUGUGCUUUGCACUAAGCAUGCUGGGAAAUCCUCAGAUAGUUCUGUUGGAUGAACCAUCUACAGGAAUGGAUCCCAAAUCAAAACAGCGCAUGUGGAGGGCAAUCCGUGCUGCAUUUAAGAACAAACAGCGAGGAGCCCUUUUGACAACCCACUACAUGGAAGAAGCGGAGGCUGUGUGUGACCGUGUGGCCAUCAUGGUUUCUGGUCAACUAAGGUGUAUUGGCUCAAUACAGCACCUGAAGGGGAAGUUCGGUAGAGGCUACAGCCUAGAGAUUAAUCUUAAGGAGGAGCUCACAGGUCUGCAGCAGGUUGCACUGUUGCACAAAGAGAUACUGAAGAUAUUUCCUCACGCUGCUCGUCAGGACAGUUUUGCCACUCUGAUGGUGUAUAAAAUCCCAAUGGAAGAUGUGAAGUCACUAGCCAAGUCUUUUGCCCAGUUAGAAAAUGCAAAACAGAACUUUAACUUUGAAGAGUACAACUUCUCCCAGUCAACUCUUGAACAAGUUUUCAUGGAGUUCGCUAAAGAGCAAGAGAAUGAAGAGGAUGAGGUCGGAUCACUUAGCACGACUUUUCAGUGGCAGAGACUGAGACAGGACGGCCCUGUAUCCAUCAAUCACGCUGAAAGUAUAGUACACCAGCUAUGAGCCAAUCCUGUCCAGGUUUUCUUGAAGCGUUGUGCCCUUCUUUUUUCCCUCUGUCUCUCUGCAUGUGCCGUCCUUUGCCUUAAGAGCCUUAAACUGAUGGGACUCACAGGAAAAAAAGACUGUGGAUACUCCAGUGGCCACUUGCACACAUACAGGACACGUGUGUGUGUAUAUGGGCUGUGAAACUCGCUUUGGCUCUGGUACUGGCACUUGUUUAGAUGGAUUCUGACAUGUGACUUGAGUGUCAGCUGUUAAUGCCGAGCAAGACUUGGCAGUUCUUUUUGUUGUCAUUUGUUUUUAAUGAAGAGAUUUUAUUUUUUAAAUUCUCACUCUCUGUAAAUUCUUAUAUCUUCCGUUCACCUGAUGUAUAUCAAACACACUGUUCUGUUGUUUCCAUAUACACUGUCAGUCACUUAAUUGCAUGAAGCAGGUUCCACGUUAUUACCAAAGUCUCACUCAAAUUGACACCAAAACAGUGCUUUUUGGUGUCUGUAGCAUGGGAUAUAAACUUGCGUCUCUGUGUGUAUGGCUAUCUAGCGUUAUUAUCUAUGUGUGCUGUUGUAGGGUACGUUUUCAGACAGGAGAAUCACAUUAUUAACACUGGCAGCAUUAACACUGAGAUUUACCAGCAUGUAUGGGGCUGCUCUCGUUUCUUGUAACCCUUUUUUAGGGCAGAGUGGCCCUGCAGGUGCAUGAAGCCUCUUCUGUCUCUGCUGCACCCGGGAGAUCCACAAGACUCCUUUCUUAAACACCAGCACGUGUUUCAGGCUUUCACACAGAGCUCUCCAAAGAAAAACAGGGCUAAGCACUCGCAGUGAAUAAGCAAGUGGGUUAAUCAAGAUGAUGAAGAACUUCUCCCUGUCAUACCUUUAUCCAUCUCGUCAUCAGGUGGCCUUCCUCUAGGAGCAGUUUUAAUGUUUAAAAUCAGUAGCUUAAGAAUGUAGUUCUCUCAAUCCGCACCAAACCAUACAGCACUCCAGAUUAGUCGCAUACUGCUGAGUGAAGUCUUUUAUUUUAUUGUUGUUGUGUGUUUUUUCUUUUUUUUUUUUUUUUUUUUUUUUUUUUUGGUUAACAGAAGUAAUGAUACUAUUGGAACCAUGAGCCUUGAAUGUACAGUGGAUGACGUUUUAUAGUAAAGCAUUUGAUGUGGGUUUAACGUAUCUAGAGUCUUCAAUUUCGGGAAAUUUUGGGAACCAGAAUGAUUUUAUGUUGGUUGGUUCUCAUUCAAGAGGGUCUGUCUUUUUGUACCUUUUAGAAUAUUUUUGUUUAAAUGUAAAAAUGAUUAAAUGAUCGCCACUCUUUUUGUUUGCUAAUAAUAUGCAAUCCUAAAAUUGAUUUCUCUGUGUGGCACAUUGGAGAAUGCCUUUUAAGAGUCAAUAAUUUACAAAACUGUUCUAAACUACAGGCACAGUAUUAUGGUUUUGGGUUUUUGUAAGCCUUACUGGGUAAUACUUUAAAAUAAGGUUCUGUACAUUAACUAAUGUAAUAGCAAAUGACAAUUAAAGACUGUUUUACAGUAUUUUAUUAAUCCCCCGUGUUUAUUUUUCUUAACAUUUUUCAUAUUUUUAAAAGCAUUUUGGUUUAAUUGAUUUAUUUGUUAUGAACAAAACUUGCAUUAAUUAAUGCUAACUAAUUAAACAUUAUUGUAAAUUAUUACCAAUUAAAGUUAUUCUUUAUUAGCGUAAGUGAUCUGCCCUUCUCUAUCCUCUUCAUAUAGGUUGAAGUAUUGAUAAUACAAUAAUGUAUUCUUCUCUCAACACGAAGUGUUUUCAUUUCACAACUCUUCAAACAUGCGUUUUCACUUGGUGUAUUUUUCUUGUGACUUUCUGACUUUCUUUGUCCAGUAGAUGUUUCUUUAUUCUGCUCUGAGCGAUGACUAUGCUGAACCGUGUAUUGGUAUGAGGAACUCUGCCCCAAGUGCUGGUUCUCUUGUUGGUAGAACUUCUAAAAGAUGUUUGCUAGGUGUUUAAUGGGUACUCUUGAGCAAAGCUGUUGUAGAUGGUUUUUAUUUUUCUGAUUAUACUCAGUAGAAAAUUGUGUACAUUUGGGUAUUUAACCCUAGCUGAAUGUGAAAGGUUGUGUGUAUAUAGUGUUGUUUGGAACAGUCCUCAAAAAUUGUAAUCAGUGCCAGGUUGGUAGGUUAUUGUGGGCUAUAUUUAAUUUUUUUAUUUUUUUUUUGGCUUCAUCUUACAAAGUUUGAUAUACAGUUAAUCAAACACUUGGUUUGUUUUAUAUUUAGAGGCACACAAGUCAACCUCUGUAGCAUCUAAAGUACUGAAAAGAUUUAAAGGAACAAAAAGAUGUCCUUGUAAUAGAGAAAUUAUGGUUGACAUGCACAGCAGACACAGUGAAUUUUUAAGGGGAUAUAAUUGUAAUUUUUGCACAUAUUUAACCUGUAAUGUAUAACAUUUUCUGUAACAUUUAACACUGACCAGUUUAGUCUUUGCUGGACUGGGUUGGAAUGGGAUGAUUAUAUUGAACACUAUCUAACAUCUAUUUAACCAAGACCUUUAUUUCCUCCAAAGUGCAAUAUAUGAAUACUUGUGUGAGUAUUUAUUGCAUUAUGUAGAAGGUGUCAUUGCAAACUGCAAUAUUACUGUUGUCUCUUGUGAACUCAGAUGUGUCUUGCAGUAAAAUGUAGCCACAAAUAUGUAACCUUUAGAAUGCUUUGCACUCUCUUCCCCUAGUGCACAUUUACUGUCCUUUGUAUGCAAAAAUUCUGUUUGAAAAUAAAUUGUAUUCAGGAUGUUGCUA